AUGUCUUCAGGAGAUGUGGCUGAAAUCGAUCGAAAAGCCUGUGAGCAAGCGAUGGUUUUACUCAAUUUAUAUCAUGAGGUGAUUGACCGUAAAAGAGAAUGCUUAGAACAAAUGUAUCACGACAAUGCAAGUCUGAUUUGGAAUGGAAAUCCCGUUAAUGGAGCCGAAGCAAUAAAAAACUAUCUUCAAGCAAUCCCUGACACCGAGCACAACGUUCAAUCAAUCGAUGUUCAAAAGCUUUCUCCUCUUGCCUCACAAACACUCGGUGGUGAAUGUAUGACAGCGAACAUUGGCGGUUCAGUAAUCGUUGGAGGAAUCGAGCACAAUUUUACUCAAUCUCUCGUUCUCAUUUUGGAUCCAAACGAUAAAAAGCCAAGGAUUCUCUCCGAUCGAUUCCGAUACGCUGAC